AUGAGUGAUAAAAUAGGCAUUAAUUCAGAUAAAGAGGGCCUUGAGUACAACUUUGCAGGCGUUGGAGAUGCCUCAGGUGAGGAUGGCAUCAUUAAGGAACAAGAUCGGUUGCUUCCGAUAGCCAACGUUGGGCGAAUCAUGAAGCAGAUUCUACCUCCAAACGCAAAGAUCUCCAAAGAAGCUAAAGAAACCAUGCAAGAAUGUGUGUCCGAGUUUAUUAGCUUUGUUACUGGAGAAGCAUCUGACAAGUGUCACAAGGAAAAGCGCAAAACUGUUAAUGGGGAUGACAUUUGUUGGGCACUCACAACUCUAGGGUUUGAUAACUACGCUGAUCAACUAAAAAGUUAUUUGCAUAGGUAUAGGGAACAAGAAGCUGAAAGAGCUAACCAUAAUAGGGCUGGCAACCACGAAGAAAAGGAAGAGACAUCAAAUUACAGAGGUCAACUGCCGAGGAGAUCUGCGGUACUUCCAUCAACCCCAUUGAAGUUCAAUGCUAUUGACAGGAGUAAUAGCUCUCUCUCCAGGCCAUUUUGAAAGAUAUAAAGCAUAUGGUAAUUGU